CAUUUGGCUACCCAUGUUGUCGCAGGUUUCCUCAAGCGCCUGUCUCAACUUGCCUUGAUCAGUCCAUUACGACUCACACCGGCUUUUCUAGUUCUUGUGCGAAACGGACUGAAACGUCAUCCCAAGUGUGCCUUCCUGAUUCAUCGAAGGAAACGUCCCCGACCAAAAGACGACUCAUCAGAGAUGGAAGUGAACCAUCAGUCCAUUGGUGAUCCGUAUAAAUGGAAUCCAUCCAAUCUGACUACAUCUGGUGCUAUGGAAAGUAGUUUGUGGGAAGUGGCUAGUCUGCAGCAUCACUACGCAAUCGAGGUGACCCGAUUGGCUCACGAAAUAUGUCAUCCGAAACCCAACUAUCUAGUGGACUCAAUCACACCGGGCGAAUUAAUACAAGCACAGGACAAGCUCCUGGCCCAGUCGAUCAAAUCGGUUCAAAAGUGCCUACGAACACUGAGUCAGUCAAAUGCGGAUUUUCCCAAACUGGGUGCAAUGAAUGGAUGGGUCAGUGAUUUAGCUUCGGAUAGCGAGUGA